GUUAUCGAUAUUAUAUCAACAAUUGACAUACACAUACAACUAAAAACAACAUAUUAACAAGUCUAAAGUAAACACUAAAUUUCUAGCAUAAAAUAAAGUAGAGGACCAAAAUUAAGAAGCUAGUAAGCCUUGCUACAGUCUUCGGAAUCGAAGGUGUAAACAGAGAAACAGCGAGACAGAGAAACAGAGAAAUGUGAACUGUUCGCACAGUGGGCAAAAAGCAGUGCGAAGGUUUAUGCAAUGUUCUAGUUUCUUGUUGGGCACCAACAACAACGAGCAAGGAGAGCGGUGAGCAGAGAGAGGAGAGGCGGCAACGUUGUGUGUAUAUAUAUAUAUAUAAGUGGUGUACACAAAUAGCGAGUGGAGCAGCCAAAUGACUGUAACUGUGAACCACACACAUGCAAUGGAGGCACAAGUUAAAGCAACACAGCUGCAGGCUGAAGCAGGAGGAGGAGGAGGAAGUGAAGGCGGUGGAGGCGGAGGUGGAGGUGAACAACAGCAGGGAUCGAAUAAAACAGUCGACGAUAUUACAGUCUUGUUGACUAACAAAAAUUAUCACUUUGACACAGCAUCCGAUGCGGAAGAGGCUUACAUGGAGUUCACUGAAGAAAAGGAGCCAACAGUUCCAACUGCAGAUAGGGAGCUGGAUGUACAGGCUGCCCACUAUGCCAAUCAUGGCUCAGAGCAGCCACAAGUCACCUGGCUGGAUGAUGAUGAGAUCGAUACCUUGGAUCGUGUCACUCUCGACAUUGGCAACAUGUUCUUCAAUCGUGUGGACAGUCAGGAUAUCAUCUAUCAGCAGAAAAAGAAAAACAUUAAAAUGGUGGACAAAUACGUAAUGGGUGAUGUACUAGGUGAGGGUUCCUAUGGCAAGGUGAAGGAGGCCAUGAACUCGGAGAAUCUAUGCCGGCUAGCUGUUAAAAUCCUUACCAAACGCAAACUGCGACGGAUUCCCAAUGGGGAACAGAAUGUGACGCGGGAAAUUCAUUUACUAAAGCAGCUGAAACACCAGAAUGUUGUGCAACUCGUAGAUGUUCUAUAUAAUGAUGAGAAGCAGAAAAUGUAUUUGGUCAUGGAGUAUUGCAUUGGCGGGCUCCAAGAGAUGCUCGAUUAUGCGCCCGAUAAGAAGAUGCCACUGUUUCAGGCGCACACAUAUUUCCAACAACUGGUCAAUGGUCUGGAAUAUCUGCACAGUUGUCGUGUCAUACACAAGGAUAUUAAGCCUGGGAACUUAUUGCUCACAUUGGAUCAGACGCUCAAGAUAUCAGAUUUUGGUGUGGCCGAGCAGCUGGAUCUGUUUGCGCCGGAUGACACCUGUACAACGGGCCAAGGAUCGCCAGCGUUUCAACCGCCAGAAAUUGCCAAUGGCCAUGAAACAUUCGCCGGCUUCAAAGUCGAUAUUUGGAGCAGCGGCGUUACACUUUACAAUCUGGUCACGGGUCUGUAUCCCUUUGAGGGUGACAACAUCUAUCGACUGCUGGAGAAUAUUGGACGCAGUCAGUGGAUUGCUCCAGACUGGUUAUACGAAUUGGAUGCGGCUUUUGCCAACUUAAUACUGGGCAUGCUUCAGGCAGAUCCCAGUGCGAGGCUCUCUCUACAGCAGAUACGCAAAGAUUCUUGGUUCCUGUCCGCACCAGCGGUGACUGGCCCACCGAUACCCAUUCCUCUACACAAGGGCGACAAAUUCGGACGUUCCUCAGUACUGCCUUACCUAGAAGCCUAUCAUUACGGCAACGAACAGGAUCAGGAAGAUGUUUACUUUACCGAGCAUGAUGUGAAUCAGGAGUUGGCGCGUCGUGCCGCAUCUGCCGCUGCAGAGAUUCGUGCUAAUAAAACAGCUGCUGCCAAUGCCGCGUGCCAUUUGUAUGAGGCAUCCACAAGUGCCGAGGCUGCUGCCGUUAACUUGGUCAAUGGUUCCAGGGAAGAGACGACGGUUAAGAUUAAAAAAGGCUCGGCAAUUAAACGACGCGCCAAGAAAAUUGUAUCCUGCAUUAAAUUGAGCCAUUGUCGGACAUCGUAGGCAACUCCUUUAACCCCCCUUUUUUUUAGUUACUAGAGUAAUAUGGAAAAGUAAUAACUUUGUUAACAAAUUGUGAGCAACUUUUUGGUUUAUUUUGUUUUCGUUUUUUUGUUGUCUUACGUUCGCCAAGUAUUUAUUAAGAUGAAGAGAGAUCGAUAAAGAGAAUACGCAAGCCGAUAGAGAAUUAUUAAGAUGUAAAACCGCAGUUAAAAUUAUUAUUAUUAGCGGGGAAAACAAAAACAGAUUGCAAGUUAAAUCCAAGUGACAAUACAGUGUAUUAUAUAUAAAUGAAGAAGAGAAAAAAAUGGGAGAACUAUUAGAUCGUUGAUAUGUAUUAAAAUGUAAAGAACAAAAACAAACAAACAAACGUUGAUUGUUAAUUGCAAUUAGCAGAGAUCCGUUAAAAGUAAAGCGCAAGUCGCAACCAGCAAAAAAAAAAAUAAGUAAAAUGUUCAAAUUCAACUAUUGUUGGCUUUUAAAAAUCUUCUUCUUUGAAAUUAAUGCAAUUUACAGGCGCCAACUAUACACGUAACUGCUGGACAGUAUUUGCCAUGGAUUAUUUAUGAGAUUAAUAAAGUGAGAAACAUUGAAGUA